AUGAGCGGUGGCGGAGGUUUUUAUAAGUACCGUUGCAAAUACUUUUACUACGAAGAUCCGUGCCCGAACUGGGUCUGGGUCAAGAACGCACCCUGCGCCAAAUGUCUUUCUGAAGGACGGGACGACGAGCCAGCGUCGCCUCCACAAGUCCGGCAGCCCGCUGGGAGUGGUGCCUGGGAUAUCAUCGUACCCGAUAUUCGCGACGGCGUGCUCCAAUACACCUUGAUGGAGAUGGUAGCACCCACAGACAACUCCACGACAUGGACUCUUCGAGAAAAGGUCAAGCCUCCUCCAGACGGCGUGGAAGAGCGACGGGCGCCGCAGGCUGGGCUUCGGACGAACCUGCGAAGUUAA